AGGAAAGCCUGCAUGAGGCUGAAGCAGCUGAGCCAGGGCGCCAGAUGAUGGUGCCAACAGGUGCCAUGGCGGCGCCAGCGCCCCUCGAACUGCAGGGUGAAAGGGGGCCAAGUCAGCAGGAACUCUCGGGUCUGGACCAAGACCUGGUGGAUGCGGAAGUCAAAAUGCCUGAGAAUGCCCCAGCAAGGAAGGCGUUUUUAAAGAGAAGGCACGGCCGUCUGGCGUCACAGCGCGUUGCACGGGUCCCCCUUGAGUCGAGGCUGUUCGAGCCAGGGAGAGGGCUGAAACGAGCUCGCAGGCCCCACCAAUUAGCCAGAAGCUCCGAGAAAGAUGGACCAUCUCUUCCAGCUGUAGGGCAGACAUCCGCUCAAGGAGGACACACUGCUUGGAAGGAAAGCAAAGGGGAGCAUGGUGGCACCACCUCUGCCUGGACGGGCAGCCCAAGCAAUGUCCAAGUUGACAGCAUCAGCGAUGCACAGCGUGUUGCGCUGCCCCGAGCGGGAACACACAAGCUGCAGCUGGCCCUGCAGGCGGCAGCGGCCGGCAGGCGUGCCCCCGCAGCCUACACGGAGGCGGCGCGGACGGCAGCCAGGCUGGAGGCAGGGACCCUCGCCCUCCAGCUGGUGACGUGGAAGCAGGGCGGCGCAGCAUCGCCGGAGGGGCGGCACGGGGGAGCCAGUCAGGCAGGGAGGCAGCGGCCCAGCUGGGACGACCGCUUCUGGAAGGCACCCUCCUCCGUCUCGUCCCUGAUGGUGCCCGGUGUUGUCUCGGGACAGUGGUUGAGGAAAACUGCUGUGGACGCAUCUGUGGGGGCCUCCGGCAGGAGGGGCAGCAAGCGGCCAGGGCCGGAGACUGGACGCGCACCUGUGGCCAAUCCAGCAUCAUCAGCAGCAUUCUCAAAGAUGGCCCUUGCGGCGGCAAUUGCAAGUCGGGACUUUGCAAGGCGGGCGAGGAGCCCAGAAGGUGGUCAUGAUCAUGGUGUCAUAUCUGCACCUCGAGGUCAGCCGUUCCUGGCACAUUCUCCCCCAAGCAGGACAAUACCAGUGUCAUCCUCAGGGGCUGAUGGCGCUCCGCAGGGCCUGCCUUCUGGAGCAGCUGGGGUGAAGGGGAUGAUGAGUGGGGCCCCAAGGGGGGGGUGGAAGCAAGGGGAUCCCAUUGGAUCACAGGAACGUUCAGCACAGCGGCGGCCAGAUGCGCUGGCCCCUGGCUUGAACGAGCCUUCCAAGGUCUUGGGGCAGCCGCGGUCUGAAAGGUGGGGCAAGGUGAACGUGCAAACGACACUGCCAGCAAGGGAGAGGAGCACGGCCCACCCCGGCGAGGCGUCGCUGGUGGGCAGCAUGGCAAGUGAGUCGGUGCGGAGCCCCUCCGAACAGGGGCUGCCAGCCGGGGGAAAGGAGGGGGCCCCGCUGAGCGCGCUGCUGCGUCGGGCAGGCGGCCUGGGCGCCGUGCUGGCCGCGGCGGCGUAUGAGGUGGACCAGGAAGCGCGCCACUUUGUGGAGGCCAUCCGGCGGCAGAGGGGGAGCGCCGCAGGCAGGGGGGCGGGGGGCCGGCCGGAGCACAGCGGCAGCACAGCGCAGGUGGAGCUGCGCGCACUGCAGGCCGAGAUGGCGCGCGAGACAGCGCUGGCAGAGGGGCUGGCGCGGCUGACCGACAGCCUAACGCAGAGGGGCCUGCGCAGCGGGAUUGCGCACCUGCAGCAGCACCUGGCGCGAGCAGGGACAGGAGCAGAGGGCGGGGACGUGCGAAGCAGGCUGCGGCAGGUGGCAGAGGCGCAGCUAGACACAGCAAAGGAAGGGGAGGGGGCUGCCAGAGUGGACUCAAGCAAAGCGAGUACGAGGAUGCUGCAUAGUGAGAGGACAGAGGCCGUGCAGGCCGGCCCCACAGGCGCUCGCCCAGGCGGUGCGGUGGAAGGGCAAGGGCGAGGGAGCAGUGGGGAAGAGGCCAGGGGAGGGUGUCCGGCAGACGGCAGCCCGCGGGGCAGGCCAGCGCACGGGCAAGGGCAGGUGGCAGGAAGGGCGGAGGGGCAGGCCGGGCCCAGCGGAGAAGCGGGACAGGGUCCCAGCGAGGGGGAGCGUGGGCCAGAGCCUGCAGUGGCGACGUCGGUGGGCCCCCCCUCUGCGCGGCAGCCGGCGGCGCUGUUCCUGCGGCAGCUGCGCGCAGUGGAGGCCCUGGAGGACAGCCUGCGUGUCAAGUGGCUCACGGACCCCCUGCUACACCCGGGCCAGGACGGCAGCACGCCGCUGGAAGCGCAGUGCGGGGCGAGCUGGCCCACCAAGACCUGUCAAAUUGGGCGAGGAGAUGCGGCAGAGCCCAGGCCCGAGCUGGGCAGCCUGACGAGGGCCACAAGCGACGGCUUCUGCAGAAGCACCCUCCCGACGAUGCAGAGGGGCACGGCGGCACCUUCCGAGGCAGCCCUUGUCGGCCAUGGGGGCCUCACCGACGGCCAAGCUGCACAACAACCGGGCGCACCCGCGGUGGGCGGUGCGCCGCGCGGUGCCGUGGUGGGGGCCGGGCUGGGUGCGCUGCUGGAGGUGUCGGCGGAGCAGCUGCUGGCGUGGUGCAGCGCGGCCGUGGACGACCUGGUCGACAGUGAGUUCCGCACGCCGCCAGCCACGCCGGCAAGCACCCGCGACGCACGCCACAGCCCGCUGGUGCGCAGCUGCGCGGCAUGAGGCCGGACAUACUGCCAACGUCGACUGAGAUGCAUUCCGCAGGUGGAACGAGGCUGGUUUGGAUUGCCAUGGUUUCCGACAUCCAAUAAGAUUAGACUGUUUCUGGACAGACUGUCAGGAUCAGCAUUCCCUUGACGCUACUGGAAGAUAUUCAACAUUGACCUUUAGAGUACUUACUGUGUUUGUACUUCUGAAACACGCUGGACAACGCCCGUCCGGUCUCGAUGCCAACAGGGCGUCUUUGUUUAGUAGGGCGCGUAGCAUUGGUUAAGCAGGUUGCAUCAACUGUAAAUAUCAAGAAUCAAUUGAUGGAUUCCCUCGCGAGUCUCAAG